UACUCUACAUUCUCAUCCCCAAGAUCACCGAUCCAGCCACAUUCUUCUCCAUUCACCGCAACAUCUCCAAAUCUUAUUCUCCGAUGCCUACUCCCUGCGUUCAAAAUUACUUGUCGCAGAAAUGAAUGUAUCUAGACGUAUUUUAGUUCUAGAUACAUCGUUUUCCGAGACAAGUAAUUCCGAACGGAGGGAGUAGGAGCUACUGCUGGUUGUUAGCCUUCGCCUCGGUUUGGUGUAUGCGAGCGAUGCUCGCCGGGGCCGAGGAGCAGCAAGGGGAAGGCUGCUCGAGCUCGGCCAGGAGGUGCGGCAGCUUCACCAUCUCCCACCCAUUCUGGCUCUCUAACAGUGAGGCGCAAAGAUCGUAUGGCCCCCAGGACUUCGAGGUCGCUUGCCAUAACAAGAAUUUUCCAGGUCUACGGAGCUCUAUACCCUCGGCCUCGAACCUCGGCUUUGCAAUCAUCGACAUCUCUUACAAGGAAAACAGUUUGCGCGUCGUCGAUCAAGGCAAUCUGGAAAUACUGCAAGCCUCCAACAGCUGCCAUGGAACGAUAUUGAACACCUCCGUCAAGCUGGCCCAACCGUUUAGGAUCAACCCCGUCGGCCUGAGCCUCAUCUUGUACAACUGCACGGAGGAGAGCGCAGCCGCCGCGGCGACUGUGGCACGUCGGGACAGAGACUUGGUAAAGACCGGAGUCAGAUGCCGGAACGAGAGCAACGUGCUUGUCCACACGGGAGUACCUUACACGACCGGGAACUACGGCGGCUACGCUUUGAAGGGCUGUGAAGCUGUCGUCGUGCCGGUGAUGGGCUCGUCGGGCGAGGCCAACAUGAGCAACUACGAGCAGCUCAUCAGCGAUGGCUUCCUCUUGACAUGGGAUCCGCCGGAACCUCUCCCUCUCCCUGCACCUGCACCUCUCCAUGCGCCUGCACGUACAUGUAAGUUCACCCGUCAAAUCAUCUAUCAUUCAGGUUUGUAG